ACCACAUCUUAGUCCCGCCGGGGCCGCCGCACACAAUCCUGUCAGUCUGCCAGCAUUGUCGGAUUCCUGCUCCCGUUUUAACGAAGUGCCGCGGAGGAAACUUUGAGAGGUGGUUUAACGUUAAAAAAAAAAAAAAAAAAAAACACACAGAGAGAGAGAAACGCGGGUGAAAAACGGGAGCACAAACCGGAGGCUGUCUGUCUUUAUUGUCCGAGCCGUCAGCGUGGCGUGGUCGACUGCUGCACCGAGUCCUAAACCUUAAACCUGACCACAUACCUGCUUUCAUCGGAUGCUUUGAAGACUAUCUGUGGAAGAGCCUCGGUAUUAUCAGACAUGGUGAAGUUGACAAAGGCCAAAACGUUCCAGGCUUACCUGGACUCGUGCCACCGUCGCUACAGCUGUGUGCACUGCCGCGCCCAUCUGGCCAACCAUGACGAUCUUAUUUCCAAGUCUUUCCAAGGCAGUCAGGGCCGGGCCUACCUCUUCAACUCUGUGGUGAACGUUGGCUGUGGUCCUGCGGAGGAGAGGCUGCUGCUCACAGGACUUCACGCCGUGGCCGAUAUCUACUGUGAAAACUGCCACACCACGCUGGGCUGGAAAUAUGAACAGGCCUUUGAGCUGAGUCAGAAGUACAAGGAAGGGAAGUACAUCAUCGAGCUGUCCCACAUGAUAAAGGACAACGGCUGGGACUGAGAGGGAAAUCUCCAUCUUUCUUCAUGACUUUUUUCAAAGUUGCAUCCCCUUCGACUUUACAAGGGUUCCAGUGUAGCUUCCUCAUCCCGCGUAUGAGCCAUCGCUGUGCCACACUUUCACUUCGUACGGCUUUGCCAAGAAUAGCAUGUGAUGCCUUAUCUUUUUCUGUUCUUCAUGUGUCUCCAGCAGCCACGACAACACAUUUGCUGAUACUGCUAUCCCAAUUGCUAGUUGUGCUGGGACAUGGAGUGAAUGAGUGCAGGGUUUGUGUGUGAAAGACUGGGAGACAAAGUCACACAGGCACACAGGCACUCUCUCUCUGUCUGUCUGUCUGUGUGUGUGUGUGUGUGUGUGUGUGUGUUUGUGUGUGUGUGUGUGUGUGUGUGUGUGUGUGUGUGUGUGUGUGUGUGUGUGUGUGUGUGUGUGUGUGUGUGUGUGUGUGUGUGUGUGUGUGUGUGUGUGUCUGUGUGUCUGUGGAUUUUUAAGCGUGUGUUUGAGUGAUAUCAGCGACCACCAAGAGAGUCUCGCUCUGUGGCGGUGAGGCCAGUGCAAGUCAGAUAAUAUGGCAUUCUUACACAAAGUAUUUGGGUUUUCCUUUAGAGUUUAAGGUGCACACUUAGAUGUGUCUGGCCCAAACCGAGAAAAGUAGUAUAACCCAUUUCUUAUUAUUUCCAGUGAUCCAAGUGUAUGGGAAUGCUUAGAGCAGUGGGAGGACUUGUUUUUUUAUUAUCUAUCAAUGAAAUUGAUGUUUUUAUUGUCAGAUCAAAAAUACUUGUUCGUAUUUUGCCAAAAGCAAUCAGGGUGUUGAAUUAGUAAUGUUUAAAGCCCGCAAAAGUAUCCUGCAAGAAUUCAUACAGCUGGACUAUGAGUGAGUUCUGUUUGUAGGUAUACAUUUUAGUGUGUGUGUGUGUGUGUGUGUGUGUGUGUGUACGCACAUGCAUGUCUUUCUAUCUUUGAGAGAACCAAUUUCUGUUCAAAACCAGCGUUGUGAGGACAUUUUGGCAGGUCCUCACAACUUCAAAGUGCAAGACGUGUGUUAAGCCUUGGUUUUAAGGUUUUAACAUUAGAACUGAGUUUAGGGUAAGGCUGGGUUUAGACACUUAGUUGUGAUGGUUAAAGUUAGGCUAAGGGGUUAGGUAAUGCCAAUGAGUACUCAAAAGGAUAUAAAGACAAACGUGUGUGUGUGUGUGUGCGUGCUGAGGAGUUGUAAACUGGACGGUGUUGAGAAAAAAUGAAUCCGGGGUUCACAUCUAGAGUUUCCACUGCACAGUUUUACUUAAUGCUGAUGAGAUCUAUCCUCCAUGUGUUUGUGUAUAGCCUAACACUGAGCUGCCCUUACAGAUACAUUUACUCAGUUGUGAUUAGGAUUAUGUAGCAUAUUUAUGGUGAUUUUUAAUGUCUGCUUCUUUCAUUAAAGUGUAUUAUUUUAACCUGAUCUUUCAUUAAAAUACAGUGUGUCUGUAA